AACAAAUCUAUUUUUUCCUAAACAGUAAAUGACGAAAAGACACGCAAAUAUUUUCAAAUCGUAUUUGUAAUAGUUAAUGAAAUGUGUAGAUAGAUAUCCCCUUGAGAUUAGAAUGAGGCGGAAAUUUAAUUAGACCUAUUUUUGGAUAAUUUGUCGUGUAGUAUUAAAAAAUGGUAAACAUAAAUAUAGGUUUGAACAGAAAAGCGUGACAGGGAAUAUAACGCAUUCAAAUUUUUCUAUUUUGAAAAACGAAUUUUCACCAUUUAAUAUGUAGACACAGUAAAUAGAUACGAUAGAUUUAACUUCAUCAUAUUUUAAUGAUUAACUUAUAAACUAGUUCUUGUAGUGUAUUUGAAAAAACAUAUUUGUAGUCUUCAACGUAAACGAAUUUAUAUUUAAUUGUUAUUCUGUGAAUUUUUUUAUACCAACUUGUUUUAAAAGAUGCAAUUUUACUAUACCUACCCUCGUUUAGUAUUCAACAUUUUCCAUCCAUCCAACAUUUUUCACAAAGUUUGCAGUCAAAAUAAAUGUAUUCCAUUCGUAUCUGCUUUGCGUUUGUAUAAAUUUACAGAUAUUAUCAAUUCCUGGGUGUAUUUACAUCACCCCCAUCAGUGUAAUGGAAUGACACAACCUGAACAAACUUAUUAACUUGAUUAGAAGAUAAACUGUGUUACAAAUACAAUUUCCUAAAAAGUCCAAGCGUGAACAUGACCGAAAAAACUAACGACGAAAACGAAAUUAGAAUUGACGAAUCACCAAAACCCUUUUGUAAAAGUGUCAGAAACUAUUUUAGAGAGUACUGCGUGUGUUCCAGCAUUCACGGUUUCAGAUAUUUUGGUGAAAAAAGAACUCACUUUGAAAGGGCGUGGUGGUUUAUAGUGUUCAGUAUCACUUUAGGUAUCUGCAUAUUCUUCAUACGAGAAGUGUAUAAAAAAUGGGAGAGAUCACCAGUAAUCGUCAGUUUUGCAACAACGGAAACUCCGAUUUACGAAAUGCCAUUUCCAGCUGUCACCAUUUGUCCCGAGUCCAAAUCCAACUUAUCGUUAUUUAAUCACACGAACAUCCUUCAGAAAAUCAAACAGAAGAAAAAAUUAACGGAAACAGAGUUCAAGAAUUUUGAAUAUAUGGAACUAAUUUGUCAGGGCACCGACUUGGUUGAGAAACCACGUCUUCCAAUAUUCAGUGCACAAUUCUACGAUGUUUUGGCAAAUGUAAGCGUAAAAUUUCAUAACAUCUUCUACGAUUGUAAUUAUAUGGACAAGACCAUUAAAUGUGAGGAAAACUUCCAACCCAUUUUAACAGACGAAGGUCUCUGUUACACGUUUAACAUGCUAGACAGAUCGGAAAUCUACAAUCCUAACGUGGUGCAUUACAAAGACUUUCAUCGUUCAGUUUCCCCUAGCGACAAAUGGUCCUUGGAGAACGGUUACUCUGAAAAAGCAGGUCUUAAAGCUUACCCAAAACGAGCAUUAAUGGCUGGCACAAAAUAUGGUUUGAAAUUAACUCUUCUAUCGUACAAAUCAAACAUUGGUUAUACAUGUAGAAGCUCCCUUCAGGGUUUCAGAGUAAUGCUUCAUACUCCCACGAGAAUACCACUAUUCAGCCAGCAAUACUUUCGAGUACCUCUCAAUCAACAAGUAGUUGCAGCAAUUCAACCUAACAUGAUCACAACUUCGGAUUCAGUAAAAAUGUACAAUCAGUCAAGAAGGAAGUGUUUCUUCCCAUCGGAAAGGACUUUAAAGUACUUCAAACAGUACACGUCGUUGAACUGCAAAUUAGAAUGUCUGACCAAUUACACCUUAGAGGUGUGCAAAUGCGUUAACUUUUACAUGCCUCAUGACAAUACAACAAAUCUAUGUGGUACUGCCAAAAUAACGUGCAUGAAGGAGGCGGAGAGAAGGUUACAACUGGGGAUUUUAUACAAGGAGAUUAAUCCGGAGGCAAAAAAUACGAAGGUGAAAGAAUGUGACUGUAAACCAAUAUGUUCUGAUUUAACUUACGAUGUGGAGACUUCUCAAUCGGAUUGGCAAUGGCGAGAAUGGUACAAAGGUGUUCCCGUAAACGGACUGUCCUUUGAUUAUGAUAAAGUCCACAUGUCAAAACUAACAUUGUUCUUCAAAUCCACGCAAUUCAUAACGUCACAGAGACACGAGCUAUACGGACCUACUGAUUUUUUAGCUAAUUUUGGCGGUUUACUUGGACUUUUUACUGGAUUUUCCGUCUUAUCCCUAAUGGAGAUAAUUUACUUUUUAUCUGUUAGACUAUUUUGCAAUAUCAGGUUGUACGGAUAUUGGACUGGACCAGAAAUUUAAAAGAUUUAUUUAGAGUAGGGUAACUAAAUCAGCAUUUGGCUAAUUAGCUAACUGUAGAAUUAAACUGCAUGUCUAUGUGUGUUCAUUAGGAUGUAUGUAAGUUUAUGAAAAUGUUUCUUUAGUGAUUUUCACACCAAUAUUUACUAAAUGCAUUUUUUGUCUAAUAUUCUGAGCCGCAGGUUGUAUUGAUUAUUGCAAUUAUAAACUCAAUUAUAAAUUUUUGCAAAUAUAAACAUUUUAAACCAA